AACAUCCUUAAUUUAUAGACUAUAUCUUGUGUGUUUAACCCUUUAGUGUUUCAACCGGCUGUAUCUGGCCCAAAUAUUCAACACAUUUUAUGCUCAAACUGGCCAGAGCCAGCAUCUCACACCUACCCUGCAAUGUCAUUCUAAAAAUAAGCAAUUACAUCUUUCCUAUCUUGAAGCUACAAAAUAAUAUCAGAUAAUUUUUUUUUUAAUGUGAAUAAAUAAGGAUUACUUUUGGCAAAUUAAUCUGAAUGCUAAAGGGUUAAGAAAAAAAUAACAUUUUCUCUGCUACGCCACUAUGUGUGUGUGAGAGAGGGGGAUCAGAAUCAGGAAUAUAAGAAAGCAUUUGCAGAGCUGUUCUCUACAUUGCAACCUGUCUUGUACAAGAUGUACAUUUAAGUACUAUACUUGCAUCCAUGAGGGAAAAGCUAUUGAAUUUUUUCGGAACCAUGGUGUCCUGCCCACUACUGUGAUAUGUCCAUAUUGGAGUGAAUGUGUGUAUAGAAAGGACCAACAUUAUAGCGAUGCAGAAAAAGUUACACUGUCACCAAAUCGAAAAAGCGACGUUGGUGUGGCUAUUCUGUAUUGGACUUACAUGGGUCCUUUCUUCAUUAUGCAUGCAUUUCUCUGUGGAAAAUCAUUGUUCAUUGACGAAUUUCAUCAUCAUUCUUGGAGCCAUAUCACAGUGAUGGAAAACCUGGAAUUGUGUUCAAUAACGACUGUGAACUGGAGAUUGUUUUGUUCCAAAGUCACAGAAAAGUGGCUUCACUCACAGGAUCCUAUAGAUGGCAAUUCAAUUGAAGUUGAACUUGAUGAAAUUUUACUUGUCCACCAGAAAUACAGGAGGGGGUCGAAUUCUGAGCCAAGUUUGAUUGAUGGAAUAGACCAAACCAGUAAGCGUUGUUUUGUUGUGUCACUUGUUAACAACAAAGCGACACUGGUUCCUCUGAUCCAGGCAUAUAUCAAACCUGGCUCAGGUAUUUAUAGUGAUUCUUGGGCUGCCUACAAUGAGCUAAGCAGUUUGGGUUAGCACCAUUACGUGGUAAACCAUUCUGAAAAUUCCUAGGUUUUACAUAUUGGAAUGAACUUUUUCAGAAAAAUGCAUUUUUUUUAAGGGGAGGUGCAAAUCUGCAUGAUAGUCCCAUCCCCAAAAUCUCGUGAUUUUAGUGGGUGCCCGGAAUAGUUUUUCCAUCAUCCUAAAAACUUCAUGGAUGCAAAAAAACAAAACCGACAUAUAUGACAGAAUCAUAGAUGAUAUUGGACGAACAGAAGAUGCACCUUGAAAAUGUACCAUCAUUUAAAGACUGAAUGUAAAUGCAUUAUGGAAGAUAUAGCUAGCACUGUUUCUAUGAAUUCAUUUUAAAAUUCCAAUGAUAUUUUGCUCUGAACUGAGAUUAUUAGCAAACUUUCUGUCUCAUAAUCUGGAGUGUAUACAAAGUGAGUUUGUGUGAUAAUUAAACUUGGAUAAUUUUCAUAAGUUUUUAGAUAAAGGUAACAUUGGACAGAAAUACAGCAGCUGAAAAAAUGGUAAAGAAUAAAUAAUAAAAACAAAAUCAACAACAAAUAUAUAGAAAUGUAGAAAUAUUUUGAUUUGGAAAGAAAAAAAUAUUGCAAAGACAUCAAAAAUUUAAGAAACUGAUUUUUUCUUGAAGACAUGUCUAAAGAUACAGGAAAGCCAUCACAUGAAUUUGACAUUUGUGAAAAGUCGUCCUCCAAGAAUGGUAACCUAAUCAAAAAUAAGCGUAUUCAUACAGGGAAGAAACAAUAUUACUGCAAUAUCUGUGGGAAAUCAUUCUCUGUACAUAGUAACUUAACAUCUCACUUUCGAAUUCAUACAGGUGAGAAGCCAUAUCAAUGUGAUAUCUGUGGUAAAUCAUUCUCACAGAAUGGACAGCUAACUACACACAAACGUACUCAUACAGGAGAGAGACCAUAUCACUGUGGUGUUUGUGGUAAAUCAUUCUCUGCAGGGAGUGCUUUAUAUUUUCACAAGCGAAUUCAUACAGGAGAGAAUCCAUAUUGUUGUGAUAUAUGUGGUAAAUCAUUCUCUGUACAUACUAACUUAACAUCUCACCGCCGUGUUCAUACAGGAGAAAAGCCAUAUCAAUGUAAUAUCUGUGGCAAAUCAUUCCGUCAGAAUGCAAGCCUAACUACACACAAACGUAUUCAUACAGGUGAGACACCAAAUCAUUGUGAUAUUUGUGGUAAAUCAUUCACUCAAUUUCAUUACUUAAUUUCUCACAACCGUAUUCAUACAGGAGAAAAACCAUAUUGUUGUGAUAUAUGUGGUAAAUCAUACUCUAUACGUAGUAGCUUCACAUCUCACAAGCGUAUACAUACAGGAGAGAGGCCAUAUCACUGUAGUAUUUGUGGUAAAUCAUUCUCUGCAAGUAGUGCUUUAAAUUCUCACAAGCGAAUUCAUACAGGAGAGAAGCCAUAUUGCUGUUAUAUCUGUGGUGAAUCAUUCUCUCAGAUUUCUACCCUAACUUAUCACAAACGGAUUCAUACAGGGGAGAAGCCAUAUCAGUGUGAUAUCUGUGGCAAAUCCUUCUCUGGAAGUGGUAAGCUAACUAAACACAAACGUAUUCAUACAGGAGAGAAGCCAUAUAGCUGUAAUAUCUGUGGUAAAUCAUUCUCUGUCAGUGGUGCCUUAACAUCUCACAAGCGAAUUCAUACAGGAGAGAAGCCACAUCACUGUGGUAUUUGUGGUAAAUCAUUCUCUCAAAGUAGUGCUUUGAAUUCUCACAAGUUCAUUCAUACAGGAGAGAAGCCAUAUUGUUGUGAUAUCUGUGGGAAAUCUUUUGCUGUAAGUAGUCAAUUAAGGAUGCACCACCGCAUUCAUACAGGAGAGAAGCCAUGUCAGUGUGAUAUUUGUGGUAAGACCUUCACUAGAUGUAGUUAUCUCAUUACUCACAAACGGGUUCAUACAGGGGAGAGGCCAUAUCAAUGUGAUAUCUGCAGCAAAUCAUUCUCUGAUAGGGGUUCUUUAAUAAUACAUAAACGUAUUCAUACGGGAGAGAAACCUUAUUGCUGUCAUAUCUGUGGUAAAUCAUUUACAACAAGUAGUCACUUAAGGCUGCACCAGCGCAUUCAUACAGGAGAGAAACCAUGUCAGUGUGAUAUCUGUGGUAAGUCCUUCUCCGGAAGUAGUAAUCUCAUUACUCACAAACGUGUUCAUACAGGGUAGAAGCCAUAUUAAUGUGAUACCUGCAGCACAUCAUUCUCUGAUAGGUGUUCCUUAAUAAUACAUAAAUGUAUUCAUACAAGAGAGAAACCUCAUUGUUGUAAUAUUUGUGGUAAAUCAUUCUGUGAAAGUAGUAAGUUAAGAAGACACAAACAUGCUCAUACAGUGUAGAAGCCACAUCACUGUUAUGUGUGUGGUAAGUCAUUUAGUAAAUAUAUUCACUUAACAAUACACAAACGCAUACAUAUAAGAGAGGAGACAUACUAGUGUGAUAUCUAGUAAAUCAUUCUUCCAAAUUGUUUCUUAGCCUAAACACAAAUAUAUUCAUACAGGAGAAAAGCCAUAUAAAUGUAAUAUUUGUAGGAAGACAUUCUCUGAAAGUAGUAAUUUAAAAAUACAUGAAGGUGUUGAUAGAGGAUAGAAGCCACAUCACUGUGAUAUUUGUGGUAAAUCAUUCUCUCAAAGUUGUAGCUUAACUGGACACGUAUGUAUUCCUACAGCAGUAUAACUAUCAGUCUGAAAAUUGUUAAGGCAGGCUUAGCUUUGUGAACUUUACGCAUGACAUCAAACAAGCCACUGAUCAUGGCUGACUUUCUGAGGUAGUCUUUUACAGCUGGUUGAACUUUUAAUUAUGCCAACCUCUUUUAGCAUGGUCAGAUAUGGUUUACUGUUAAAUUUCUUGGUAUGAGAAUCAGGAAUAAACACCCUCAUCUAUAAGUGUAAAUGUAUUCACAUUGGAAAGGAGACAUAACUGUAUGGCAACAGCCUCCCCACACUGUAUUUAUAUUAAAACACCUAAACACUUGAGAUAACUUACAUGUGUGACAUUUUUUUUAUAAAAGUGCUUUCUUCCAGAUUUUGAAUUUGUUUUGAAUGUGUUGAAACCAAUAUUGUUAUAUUUGAGGAAAAAAAACGUAAUUAAUAAAGCCUAUGAACACACUG